ACCAGCAGAUCGACGUCUUCCCGCUUGAGCGUAGUGCUUUCUUUGGGCUUCGCUGCGGGCUUGUCUAGGAAACCAUUGCGGAAUGCGUCUUCCAUCUUUCCCUUCGAGUACGCGUGUCCAUCGGCGAACUGGUAUUCUCCGCUCGAGUGUUGUUGUAUUCAGUUUACAAGGAAGACAACGCACGUUUACGAUGACCUCCGGUUCGGGACGUCCAUUACUCCUCACAAUUCCUGACAUAGCGAUUGACUGAUUCCAGGAAGCUCUGGAAUGUCCGAGUUGAACGCGUAGGCAAUGGGUGUGGACGACCUUGUGCUGCUAAAGUCAAGCCCGGUGGCUGCAGUCGAUCGAGUGCAAGAUUGCAGAAUCACGUGAUAUGUAGAUAGCCCGCGAACUCGUAAGCAGAGAUGCGCGACACGGUCCCGCCACACACCUUGACUCAAACCACCUCUCUUCUACUCUCUCGCUGCUUUUGUUGUCUACCUUUCUAUGGACUCUUUUGAAAACCUUCAGUAUGAAUCUGCCUCGUCGUAUGGCGGCGGAAUGGGCAUUGUGGACGACACUUCGUCCAUAUACACCACCAAUACGAACAGCCAAAGUCAGGUAUCCGUAGACCUGGAAAGCUUGUCUCUCACGGACGACCGCUCGUAUGCGUCCUCGAAUGGUCAUCAGAACCAUGUGCACACUGGAGUGGUGCGGACGGACGAAGACUUCGAUGCGGUCCUGGAUGAUUUGAAGGAUGAGGGUCAGGUUGACUUACCGCAGCACGCCUGCAGUUACUGCGGCAUACACUCACCUGCCUCCGUCGUCAAGUGCCUGAUCUGUUCGAAAUGGUUUUGUAACUCGCGUGGAAACACUUCAGCCUCGCAUAUUGUCAACCACCUUGUCCGUGCGAAGCACAAGGAGGUCAUUCUCCACGCGGAAAGCCCCUUGGGGGAGACGGUACCUGAAUGUUACAACUGUGGCAGCAAGAAUGUCUUCAUGCUCGGGUUCAUCCCCGCUAAGAGCGAUACCGUUGUUGUGCUGCUUUGCCGCCAACCGUGCGCAGCCAUAUCCAAGGACAUCUCGUGGAACUCAGCUCUCUGGGCCCCUCUCAUUGACGACCGCUCCUUCCUGUCUUGGCUCGUGAAGCCUCCGAGCGAGACCGAGCAGCUUAGGUCUCGUCAGAUCUCCUUCCAGCAAAUCAAUCGCCUCGAGGAUCUGUGGCGCGAGAAUGCCAACGCGACCCUCGAGGAUCUCGAGAAGCCUGGAGUAGAUGAUGAGCCACAGCCGAUCCUCUUGCGGUACGAGGACGCAUACCAGUAUCAGAACAUCUUCGGCCCCUUGGUCAAGAUUGAGGCAGACUACGACAAACGUCUCAAAGAGUCCCAGACCCAGACGGACAUUUCUGUCCGCUGGGAUCUCGGUCUCAACCAGAAGCGUGUGGCGUGGUUCUGUCUUCCGAAGCUGGAGAGCGGGGAGCCCUGGGAAGGCGACGGUCAUGUCAUCAAGAUCCCGAACAAUGUCUCCGACGAGAUUGGCUUGGAGCUUCGCAGGUCUGAGGGUGUGCCUUUGGACGUAACCCACAACUACACUGCGGACUUCGUCUGGAAGUCAACGAGUUUCGAUAGGAUGCAGCUUGCCAUGAAAACCUUCGCCGUCGAUGAGAAGAGCGUCAGCGGGUAUAUCUAUCACAAACUGCUUGGGCAUGAAUUGGAGCCUCAAGUUUUGCGCACUCAGAUGCCGAAACGUUUCUCGGCGCCAGGUCUCCCGGAGCUAAACCACUCGCAGAUGUAUGCUGUCAAGAGCGUCUUGCAGAAGCCAAUCAGUCUCAUUCAGGGACCUCCGGGGACGGGUAAAACGGUGACUUCGGCCUCCAUCGUGUAUCACCUUGCCAAGAUGAAUCCCGGUCAAGUCCUUGUUUGUGCGCCCUCGAACGUCGCAGUCGACCAAUUGACUGAGAAGAUUCACUCCACUGGUCUCAAAGUCGUCCGCUUGACUGCCAAAUCGCGUGAAGCCCUGGACUCGUCUGUCUCGUUCUUGACCUUGCAUCAGCAAGUUGCCAAUAACACGACACACGUGGAGCUCCAGAAGCUCAUCCAGCUCAAGAACGAGCAGGGCGAGCUGAGUUCUAACGACGAGAGGAAGUACAAGACAUUGAUUCGCCAGUGCGAGAAGGAGAUCCUGGGCGCUGCUGAUGUCAUCUGCUGCACCUGCGUCGGCGCUGGCGAUCCGCGCCUCAGCAAGCUGAAGUUCCGCACAGUACUGAUCGACGAGGCGACUCAGGCUGCGGAGCCCGAAUGUAUGAUUCCUUUGGUUCUCGGAUGCAAGCAGGUCGUCCUUGUCGGCGAUCACCAGACUCACAGUGGAAUACAGCAAUUGGGACCGGUUAUCAUGAAUAAGAAAGCGGCCCGCGCAGGUCUCACGCAGUCGCUCUUCGAACGUCUGGUAGUCCUGGGCAAUCGGCCGAUUCGUCUGCAAGUGCAAUAUCGCAUGCAUCCAUGCUUGUCCGAGUUCCCAUCAAACAUGUUCUACGAGGGCACGCUGCAGAACGGAGUUACGGCCCCCGAGCGUCUGAGGAAGAAUGUGGACUUUCCAUGGCCGGUUCCUGACACGCCGAUGUUCUUCUAUCAGAACCUGGGCCAGGAGGAGAUCUCGUCAAGUGGGACGUCUUUCCUGAAUAGGACCGAAGCGUCGAACGUCGAGAAGAUCGUCACCAAGUUCUUCAAAUCCGGUGUCGUUCCCAGUCAAAUCGGAGUAGUGACUCCGUACGAGGGUCAACGCUCGUACAUUGUCAACUACAUGCAGUUCAACGGGUCGCUCAAGAAGGAUCUCUACAAGGAGAUCGAGGUCGCUAGCGUUGACGCCUUCCAGGGACGGGAGAAGGAUUACAUCAUCCUUAGCUGCGUUCGAAGCAACGAGCACCAGGGUAUCGGUUUCCUCAACGACCCGCGACGUCUCAAUGUUGCCCUCACGCGUGCCAAGUAUGGUGUCGUCAUUCUCGGUAAUCCGAAGGUUCUCAGCAAGCAUCCGCUUUGGCACUAUCUCCUGACGCAUUACAAGGAGAAGAACUGCCUUGUCGAAGGACCUCUAAGUAACCUGCAACCCAGCAUGAUUCAAUUUAGCAAGCCACGGCGCACGCUUUCGAAGGCUAUGGACCAGUUCCGUAGACACGAGACCAGCGCCCGUGACUAUCUGGGCAGUGGCCUAACAGGCGAUGGUCGCCGAUCCGGCACUCCGAGCCGCUUUGACGCUAGCUUCUACCGUACACAUGACGCCCUGGGCUACAUACCCUCGGAUGUCCAAUCUCUGCGCUCCCAGGCCACGUAUUCGUCAGGAUUGCCCAUGUUUGCCGCCAGUGGGCCCUUCGGCCCGGGGCUGCAACGUCCCAAUGGCGCAAAGCGGAGUACCUACGGGAGCUACGCCAGUUCUAUCAUCUCGCAAGACGUUGGGACUGGUGGCACGGACACCGCGAGCGUCAUUGGCAGCGCUAUUGGGCCUUCAGACCGCUCAGCGAGCAGCAUGGCUUAUUCGCAGUCUGACAGACUCCGACGCCGCUCGUCGUUCUCAUCGACUACGGGAGCCUCCGACAUGGGUAGUCUAUCUCAGUACGACUAUAAGAGCCAGGACGAUGGCACCGAUUUGGACGACAUGAAGUCGCAAUACACCGGGACUCAAUCUGGCGUUACCGUCUUCUAACGCUUCGGCGAGACACAGGCGUAUCGCCUUUGAUCGUGGCUGACCGGCCGGUCGUCGUGCCGCCAAUGAUGCCUACUGCCGUUGCUUCGUCUUGCAUCAUCCCCGUUCCUCCGUCUCUCCGGUAUGUGGGGAACGUCGUCUCGCUGGCAGGGCUUGGCAUAUUGCUGAACGCCGCGUAUGACAUGCCCGAUGGCAAGUCCGCUCAAUGGCGAAGCCUUUGCUAUGCUUCCAGCGCGGACGCGGGUGUCAGUACACCAGGUGCAUGACCGCCAUGAUCUCACACCGAACCCUUAUGAUACAUGCCGCCAUUCCACAUGCAUGCCUCCCCUUGAUACGCCAGUACGCCCGUGAUGCAUCGUUGUAUCGUAGUAGUCAGAAUAUGUAUGUAUGACCAUUGUCUUGACCCGCAUGAUAUGCAAUAGAGUGGACAAUUAUACUCACCGU